GACCCAGUGUACGGAACCAAAGAAACACGGCCCAAACCUGAGUCAAGAACAGGUUCAACCCAGUCUACGGACGGUCCAGGCCCACCCCCCCCUACACACACACAUACCUGGACCUGAGAGCCGCCCGCGGGACUCUACGGAGGUGACAGGGUUCAGGCAGGCACAGAAGGGCGUGACGGCGAUAAGAAGGCUGCACGCGCACUGACAGCGGGCUAUGCACCCACCAAAGCACGAGAGCAAGAAAGAAAGACAAACAGUAGUGAAAAGGUAGAGUCACCACCAAAGGUGUGUGUGUGGGCGGGGGGGUCGUUUACAGUGUCAACCACAAACCCAGAAGCCUCUUUGUUGUCGCGAGUCCAGAGAAGGAUGUGAAAGAGGCGGGAGGCGGAGACAUGCUUUCACAGGUGAUGAUGUGCACUAAACUGCAGAGCAGCGCGAGGAAGCCCCGCUGGUCCAAGAGCCACAGGGGGUGCAUGCAGGGCCCGAGGACAAGGGGAGGGGGGGGUCCGGGGGGGCGCCCGCUGCGUCACAGCCUGCGGUACCAACCCAAACCCGUGCACGGAUCCAUGACGUCACUACGACCCGUCAACGUAAAGGGAAACCGAGCGAAGGGGAUGCGCGCGCCCCAAAACACCAACCAGUUCCUCAUGCACGAGAAGUACCAGAUGCUGCACCUUCGGUCGGAUUCGGUGGGUUCCGACAGCGGCUCCGACAGUGACCCGGAACUCACCGACAUGAACUCAUACCUGGGUGUUCUAGAGAAUGCCAGGGGGGCCCUGCUGGACUGUCCCGAAUCGACUGACGGGGCCACAGUCCUGGUCCUGCAGGAGGACAGUCUGCAGUAUUUCCCCUCUGAGGACGACUUGAUCCAGAGCCAGAACUUCAUGCAGAAGGACUUUGUGGAGUUCUGUAACAUCCUUAUGCCUUGAGGCAACACCGGGUCCAGUAGUCGUCAGAGAAAUGGGUCAGUCUGGUUCUGGUUCAUGUUCACGCAGGAGAACGACAUAAAGCCUUAAAACCAGCCUCAGAUUAAAUGAACCCACUGAUUUUUAUUCCUGUUUUGGACUCAGAUCUGUAUUAUUUUAACUGUUGGUUCUGUUCAUAAAGUGUCUAUCAGUUCUAUUGGGCCCACUCUGAUUUGGUCCAAAGAUAUAAGGGAGUCAAAAAAUGUAAAGUAUUAAAAUUCAAGAAGCUGGAGAAACAAACAAAUUUGUAGCUGAUGUUUUAUCCAGACCUUUUUCCACCUGAUGAUAGAUGUGUGAAACUCAAAAACAGUGGAUCCUGUUCAUUUUGUUCAAUCACAAACUGGGCCAUAAAUGCUGAGGUUCUGUUGGCUGUUUAUUCUACUUCAUGCUGCUGCAAAAAUGCUUUUUUUGUUGUUCCACAAAGGGAAGGGGGCUGGAUGGAGGUGUGACCCCCCACAGCCAAUCAGCAGUCAGCUGGAGGGAUAAGGCUGUGGAUGAUUGGCUGAUCUACUGUCAACGAGGCAAAAAGCCUUUUACUGUUCACAAU